AUGGCCGUCUCCGCAGAUGCAGCUGUUGUGGAACUUCUUAAUAGCCGUAAUUAUGUGGAUUGGAGUGUAUUGGUUAAAACAAACUUGUUGGCUCAAGACCUUUGGGAUGUAGUGGAAGAAGAAGAAGAAGAAGAAGCUGAUGAUAAGUUCAAAGCUUGGAGGAAGAAGAAUGCCACGGCUUUACAUACAAUCCAAAUUUCGUGCGGGCUGGAAGCUUUUUCCCUCAUUAGGAACACCACUUCAGCCAAACGCGCUUGGGAUACUUUGGCAGAAGAGUUCAAGCCAAAACCAGGAUAUUACAAUGACUUCCAUCAAUAUCAGCCGUUGUUCGAUGCUGUGUCGAGUGGCGAUUGGAAUAAAGCAAAGGAGUUUCUUACCUUACAUCCCAAUGCAAUAAGAGCAACAAGUCCUUCUGCAAACAACACAGCUCUUCACAUGGCAACAGACUUUGAGCACGAGCAUAUUGUGGAAGAGUUGGUGCAGUUGAUGUCAGAGGAAGACUUGGAAUUAACAGAUAAAUGGGGUUGGACAGCUCUAGCUGUUGCUGCAAAUAGAGGAAAUCUCAAAAUGGUUGAAUGCAUGGUUAGAAAGAGCAUGAAAAUACUUUGUAUUCCCACUAAGGAAAAUAUAACUCCAAUUAUCUUGGCUUCUCUCAAUGAACAAUGGGAUGUCGUUCAUUAUCUUUACUCCGUCACUCCCCUCCAAGAUCUAAUGCCAGAGAAAGGACCAUACGGGGCUGGACUUCUUCUCUACUGUACUGCUCUGGAAUUAGUUCAGCGUUGCCCACAAUUGGUCUUUACCGAGAGCCACAAUGGGGCAUUCCCGAUGCAAGGAUUUAUGCCUUCUGCAUUCCCGAGUGGAACACGCCUCAAAUUUUGGCAACGAUGGAUCUAUAAUUGUUAG